CACAGCCCCCAAGGCCCUGGCUGCCUUUUCACUGUCACUUGUUGCCUGUCAGGUUGGGAGACAGUGGCUACAGAUGGGCCAAGGUGCUGAGGCUGGGACUCGUGCUUGUGGGAAUGAGGGAAUGAGUGAAGAGAGCCUGUGAAACUGGGAGGAUCUUGGUGGUCACCUUGAACAUAAGAUUCGCUUUCUCUUGGAUGUCCCUCCGUACCCUUCUUGAGAAUGGGCAUUGGGCUAGAUCAGCUCUGUCACAGACAUUCUGAGGUUUGCCCGCGUGUUCAGUGUCAAAGGCUGCUCUGAAAUGGAAAGGAGCAAUGGCCCAGGGUAGAAAGGACAUAGAAGGAAGUCCCAGUGGUAGGGAGAGGAGAUAGGACAAGAAAAGUCAACUUUCUUUCAAUGGUAUAAUGAGGAGGGAAGGUCGUGUUGCAGCAAGAGAGGUGCUGGUCUGGUUGGGGAGGCAGGCCCAGUGACCAAAACGGAAAUAGAAGGGUGCAAAGUGAGAGUAGAGGGAGCUAGGUGGGCACAGGCUAGAGACAGCUGCUGAAGACGCUGACGUCUGAGCGAACUCAGAAGUGAUGGGCCAGCCUCUCAAGUACUCGAGGAGGCUGAGGCCACCAUGGAGCAGUGUGCGUGCGUGGAGAGAGAGCUGGACAAGGUCCUGCAGAAGUUCCUGACCUACGGGCGGCACUGUGAGCAGAGCCUGGAGGAGCUGCUGCACUACGUGGACCAGCUGCGGGCUGAGCUGGCCGGCGCAGCCCUCCAGGGGACCCCUCUCUCAGCCACCCUCUCUCUGGUGAUGUCACAGUGCUGCCAGAAGAUCAAAGAUACGGUGCAGAAACUGGCUUCGGACCAUAAGGACAUUCACAGCAGUGUAUCCCGAGUGGGCAAAGCCAUUGACAGGGUGAGCAUGUGGCCGGCUCCAGGUCUGGGGUGGGAGUACCCUGAAGCCGGGAUGCACAAGGACUCGAAGGAGAGCCAGCAAGAGUGCCCGCAUCACCAGGCCCUGUCUCUCCUCCUUCGUCAGAACUUCGACUCUGAGAUCUGUGGUGUUGUGUCAGAUGCGGUGUGGGAUGCGCGGGAACAGCAGCAGCAGAUCCUGCAGAUGGCCAUCGUGGAACACCUGUACCAGCAGGGCAUGCUCAGCGUGGCCGAGGAGCUGUGCCAGGAAUCAACGCUGAAUGUGGACUUGGAUUUCAAGCAGCCUUUCCUAGAGUUGAAUCGAAUCCUGGAAGCCCUGCACGAACAAGACCUGGGUCCUGCGUUGGAAUGGGCCGUCUCCCACAGGCAGCGCCUACUGGAACUCAACAGCUCCCUGGAGUUCAAGCUGCACCGAAUGCACUUCAUCCGCCUCCUGGCAGGAGGCCCCGAGAAGCAGCUGGAGGCCCUCAGCUAUGCUCGGCACUUCCAGCCCUUUGCUCGGCUGCACCAGCGGGAGAUCCAGGUGAUGAUGGGCAGCCUGGUGUACCUGCGGCUGGGCUUGGAGAAGUCACCCUACUGCCACCUGCUGGACAACAGCCACUGGGCAGAGAUCUGUGAGACCUUUACCCGGGACGCCUGUUCCCUGCUGGGGCUUUCUGUGGAGUCCCCACUUAGCGUCAGCUUUGCCUCUGGCUGUGUGGCGCUGCCUGUGUUGAUGAACAUCAAGGCUGUGAUCGAGCAGAGGCAGUGCACUGGGGUCUGGAGUCACAAGGACGAGUUACCGAUUGAGAUUGAACUAGGCAUGAAGUGCUGGUACCACUCCGUGUUCGCUUGCCCCAUCCUCCGCCAGCAGACGUCAGAUUCCAACCCUCCCAUCAAGCUCAUCUGCGGCCACGUUAUCUCCCGAGAUGCACUCAAUAAGCUCAUUAAUGGAGGAAAGCUGAAGUGUCCCUACUGUCCCAUGGAGCAGAACCCGGCAGAUGGGAAACGCAUCAUAUUCUGAUUCCUACCUGGAAGGAAUUUUGUUGAAAGGGGCUUUCACCUGUCAGCCUUGGUCUGUCUCAGUAGGGCGGUCAGCUUCAGUGGACUAUGGUUGGUUUCAGAGCGCCUGGCUGAGGAGUUCCGCUGAGGGGAGCGCUGGAGCAGCCCUUUGGCAGAGGCUGAGGAGGGAGAUGGACCAGCCCACACCUGGCAGCUGGCUCCAUGGCAUAAGGAAAGGGAGAUGCUGGCCUCUGUGCUCCUGCUGUCUCUUCCUGUUUCUGUUUGCCUUUGACUUAGCAACCGACAGAGUGGCAAGGGACUUGGUCUUCAGCAGUAGACAUCCUUCCACCCCUGCCCUCAGCCAAGUCUCUUGCUGCCAUGCCAAUGCUAUGUCCACCCUUGCCCCUCGGCCCAAGGGUGUCCAGCGGUGGCCCACCUCUUCCUCCCACUACAGCCUCAACAGUAUGUACCAUCUCCCACUGUAAAUAGUCCCAGUUAGAACGGAAUGCCAUUGUUUUAUAACUUUGAACAAAUAUAUUUGCUGCCCUUCUCAUU